CUCACUCUCUCGCUCGCUCCCCUCACUCCUUCGCCACUGCAGAGGCAGGACUGCAACGUCAGAAAAGCAGACCGGCAGUUUCUACCUCUCUCUGUAUUUUUAAAGUAGUCCGUGGGGCGCUGGCAGGUUCCUCACCAUACACAGUUGCCACUGCAUCCUGAGUUAAUACACACACUGAGCAAAAUCCGACAGAAAUACCGGCAUCUAGGGGUCUGUUUAGGGUCUUUCUUCAGAUCCCAGUCUGAACUUCUUUUCCCGUUUCUGAACUAAACAGACCAAGCAACAUAUUGUGAAUAGUGCAGUGUAAUUUUUAUAUAAGUUGCAUACCAUAGUUCAAAAUAAUUAGCUUGCUAUACAACAACUAAAAAAUUUUGUAAACAUGGAUGAUACAUAUAGAGACAGAACUUCUCUAAUGAAAGGUGCUCAAGAUAUUGCUAAAGAGGCCAAAAGACAGGCAGUAAAGAAGACAAAUAAAGUCACAGAGGACUAUGUGCAUCAGUCAUAUACUCACUACCAAGAAGAAAAUGAUGAUUAUUUCGCUGAUAAGGAUGGAAACUAUGAUGAUCUAGGAAAUGAAGAUGAAGGUUCUAGUGAAGCCACGGAAGGGCAUGAUGAGGAUGAUGAAAUUUAUGAGGGAGAAUAUCAGGGGAUUCCAGCUAUGGGCCAGGGUAAAGAGAGUCAGCUUGCAUAUGGACAACCAAUCCCUGAUGAGUACAAGGAUCGGCAUGAAUUAGAAACAGAGCGGAAGGCAGAUGAGGAAGAAUUAGCACAGCAAUAUGAAUUAAUUAUUCAAGAAUGUGGACAUGGUCGCUUCCAGUGGUUACUCUUUUUUGUUCUUGGGAUGGCUUUAAUGGCCGAUGGAGUAGAAGUCUUUGUUGUGGGAUUUGUCUUGCCCAGUGCUGAGACAGACAUGUGCAUACCAAACUCAGGAUCAGGUUGGCUAGGUAGCAUAGUCUAUCUUGGAAUGAUGGUGGGGGCUUUCUUUUGGGGAGGUCUGGCAGACAAGGUGGGCAGGAGACAAUGUCUUCUUAUCUGCAUGUCUGUGAAUGGAUUCUUUGCCUUCCUUUCCUCCUUCGUCCAAGGUUACGGCUUCUUUCUUUUCUGUCGUUUGUUAUCUGGAUUUGGGAUUGGAGGGGCAGUUCCUACUGUAUUUUCCUACUUUUCGGAAGUGCUUGCCAGAGAGAAGAGAGGAGAGCACCUGAGUUGGCUGUGUAUGUUCUGGAUGAUCGGUGGUAUCUACGCAUCAGCAAUGGCGUGGGCCAUAAUUCCACACUAUGGCUGGAGUUUCAGCAUGGGCUCAGCCUACCAGUUCCAUAGCUGGAGAGUAUUUGUCAUUGUAUGCGCUCUGCCCUGUGUCGCUGCUGUAGUAGCACUCACCUUCAUGCCAGAAAGCCCAAGGUUCCUCCUGGAGGCAGGGAAACACGAUGAAGCCUGGAUGAUUCUCAAGCAAAUCCAUGAUACCAAUAUGCGAGCUCGUGGACAGCCCGAGAAGGUGUUUACAGUAAACAGAAUCAAGACUCCUAAGCAAAUUGAUGAACUCAUAGAAAUACAAACAGACACUGGAAAGUGGUAUAUGAGGUGUUUCGUUAGAAUCCGCACAGAGCUUUAUGGAAUUUGGUUAACAUUUCUUAGAUGUUUCAACUAUCCAGUGAAGGAAAACACCAUCAAGCUUACUGCAGUUUGGCUUACUCUUUCAUUUGGUUACUAUGGCCUGUCAGUUUGGUUCCCUGAUGUUAUUAAGCAACUGCAGUCAAAAGCAUAUGUAGACAAAGCGCUCCACUUUAAUGGGGAGCAAGUUAUGGAUGUCACUUUUAACUUCACCCUGGAAAACCAGAUACACGUCAAUGGAGAUUUUAUCAACGACAAGUUCAUUGGCAUUAAGUUCAAAUCCGUUACCUUCGAAGAAUCAGUCUUUAGGAACUGCUAUUUUAAUGACAUUACUUCACUGAAUACAUACUUCAGAAAAUGUACGUUUAUUGACACCAGCUUUUCUUACACUGACUUUGAAGAUUUUAAAUUUGUUGACUGUCAGUUUAUUAACAGCAACAAUACACACGUCAAAACUGGGUGCCAGAUUUCUUUUGAUGAUGACUACAGUGCCUAUUGGAUAUAUUUUGUUAAUUUUCUGGGAACACUAGCUGUGCUACCGGGAAACAUUGUGUCUGCCUUGCUGAUGGACAGAAUUGGACGCCUGACAAUGCUAGGUGGUUCAAUGGUGUUGUCUGGGAUUAGUUGUUUCUUCCUGUGGUUUGGAACAAGCGAGUCCAUGAUGAUAGGUAUGCUGUGCCUCUAUAAUGGCCUCACCAUCUCAGCGUGGAACUCUCUCAAUGUGAUCACUGUGGAACUCUAUCCAACGGACAGAAGGGCAACAGGAUUUGGUUUUUUGAAUGCUUUGUGCAAAGCAGCGUCUGUACUCGGAAACGUAAUAUUUGGUUCGCUCGUUGGUAUUACCAUAUCUAUUCCUAUUCUGCUAGCAUCGACUGUUCUUGUGUGUGGUGGCUUAGUUGGACUCCGACUUCCUGACACAAGGAACCAAGUGCUUAUGUAACUGGAAAACAAGCCAUUUUUAAUUGCUAUCUUCUUUGCUAUUGCGUGCCAUGUUUGGAGGGUUAGAGAGCUACACAGUUUUAUGAUUUACAGCAACCUAAACAUGUGCUAAUAACAGAACUUUAACCGUCACCGACUGUGAUUUGUACUAUUAUGAAUAUCUGAGCUAUACAAAUGUGCUUGUCACUCACUGUCUGUCUUCCUACAUUACCAUGUGCAGUCAUUGUGAUUCCUUAUCUCAUGUAUUGUUUACUUCAUCUAAUAAAAAUUUAAAUGUACCUAGUUCUCUGGCAAAAUCAUGAGUUUCAAAGAAAAAGAUAUUUACAAAAAUACAAUUAACAAAACCACAAAAGCAAGUUGUUACUUUAGCAGCAUUCUUAGAUAAUGAAUUGUUUGCUGUGCCUUCAGAAAUGACCAAAUGUUGAAAUUAAGUGUGAUGCAAACAAGGUGAUAUCUCGCUUACUGUGCUUACCGAAAUAUUACUUACAACAAUGUGUUAACUGAUCUACAAUAACUACUAACUACAAAAUGGAGUGAAAAUAUGCUUUUCAACUGUCCCUGAUUUUGCCUUAGAAUGUUCUUCUUUCCCUUAUAAAUAUAUCACUAAACUGUGAAGGUUGUAACAUUGAAUAAUGCCAAUAAAGUUAUUUCUUACUCUUCAGAAAAUGAAUAUCAUCAUACAAGUUCUUAUUCUAGUAGAUUUCUGAAUGACUGGUCCUGUAUUAAUGCUGGUUUUGCCCCUGAUUCUAAAUGCAAGAGUUUGACAGUUAGGGUGGAACUUAACAUACCUCUGUCCUGAUAAGAUACAAAGUUCUAAAUCUAAGAUCUUAAAACUAUACAAGGUUAUAGAAGUCUGUUCAGUGAAGUUUACAAGAUGAGCAACUUACAAGCAAAGUCCCUAAACCAAUUUAACAUUCCUUGAUUUCCAGCACAGUCAUGGCCAUCGCCUUUACUGAUAUAACAAAAGUCUAGGACUAGCAUGUAAAUGAGCUGUAUUUGCUCUUCAAGGGUGCAGGAAGGAACAUUGUACCAAAUGAAUACAGGAGAUAAUUGCAAUUAUGUAUGGUCACAAGGUGCCAUACUGCCAGUAAACUGUGUGUUUCAAGUGGAAGCUAAUCUGUUUUGAGGCAGUUCUAUAUGUGUGUCUCAUUUUUGCCAUUAAUCUCCCUCCUUCAUUGUGUUCACAGGGUAAGUGUCUGUUCUUCCCUUUGUCAGUGAACUUCCAUGUCAGUUUGCCAUUGUGGUCUUUGCUGCUUAAUUGCCUGCAGAUACACUUUAAGGUCCAAACUCUGCUUACCCUUCUGAGUUAUUAGCAAUACUGUAUGGAAUUUUUCUGAAACUUAUAAAACAUUUCUGGC